AAAAAAACAAGGCUACAUGCGGAAGCCAGACUUCCUCUUUUACUUGUGACAGAAGCAGAGCUCUAUGAAAAACCGGUGCACUUUGUUCCUCAGACACAGUAACUCUGCUGAUUGUUCUGCAGCAAGGAUGCACAUUUUGUGUUGUGCCGUGCUGCUUUUGACUUUCGUGGUCGUCGGCUGUACUUCAUCUGCCUUAAACAAAGUGUGGGAGGAGUGGAAAAUCACACAUGGCAAAGUUUACGACAAUCAGACUGAGAUCGCCUUCAGGAGAGCAGUCUGGGAGAAGAACAUGCUUUUGGUGCUAAGACACAACCAGGAGGCCUCAGCGGGAAAACACAGCUUCGUGUUGGGACUGAACCACCUGGCGGACAUGACAGCCGAGGAGAUCAAUGAGAAAAUGAACGGACUGAAGCUGGAGGAGGUUGAUCAUUUCAGAAAUGACACUUUUAAGGAUUUGAGUGGAGUAUCGGUACCUCAAAGUGUCGACUGGAGGAAGAAGGGUCUGGUCAGUCCUGUCAGAGAUCAGGGCUUAUGUGGCUCAUGCUGGGCCUUCAGCUCUUUGGGAGCUCUCGAAGGCCAGAUGAAGAAGCAAACCGGUUCCCUUGUUCCUCUGAGUCCACAGAACCUGGUGGACUGCAGCACCGGGGAUGGAAACCUGGGCUGCAGAGGAGGCUACAUCUCUAAAGCCUUCAGGUACAUCAUCCGCAACGGAGGCGUGGACUCGGAGAGCUUUUACCCCUACGAACACCAGAAUGGGAAAUGUCGCUAUUCUGUCAGUGGAAAGGCUGCGUCUUGCUCUAACUUGCGCGUCCUUCCUCAAGGAGAUGAGCGGACUCUGCAGGCCGCGGUGGCGUCGGUGGGACCGGUGGCUGUGGCUGUGAAUGCCAUGCUGCAAUCUUUCCAUCUGUAUAAAGGAGGUUUAUAUAACGUUCCUAACUGCAACCCGAGGUUAAUAAAUCACGCCGUCCUGGUUGUUGGCUACGGCACAGAUGCAGGACAAGACUACUGGCUGGUGAAAAACAGUUGGGGAACUUCGUGGGGAGAAGAAGGCUUCAUUCGCAUCGCCAGGAACAAGAAUAACCUCUGUGGCAUUGCCAGCUUAGCGGUUUACCCGACACUGUGAAAAUGUGGCCUGCCACCUCUAUAUAGGUUAUUUAAUUUAAUAUCCAGAUGUUUGGGAUUUUUUUUCUUAAGCAAUUUAAAGAUAUAAGUGCAGACGCUGGCCUAAACAUAAGAAAUGCCAAAGACAAUUUGUUCAAGAAUUACAUAAAAUCAUUGUUGCCUGAUCAGCCUGGUAGCCUGAUGGCGUGUGACUGAAUUUUUGAAGUAUUUAAGUCUUAGUUUCUCUUCUUUUGUUGGAGUUUACACUGGAACACACACACACAUUCCAUAUAUUAUUUAAAGACUGAUAUUUAAAUGUUAGCUUUUCACUGUUAGACUUAAUAGAUUUAAUAAAACUCAUGUCAGUCUUGGGAGAAACAAACAGAUGAAAGUGUCUCAUCUGCUGUAGCUAAUAUAAGUUAUUUUGGGGUGACAUGGAGAUUAAUGAUCAUUAUUAUUUUUAAUAGGAGGAGGAGUUUUUCUCUUAGUAAUUUAUGUAAAAAGAUGAGAAAAUAAACAUUUUCUAAACUGGA